UUUUAUCUUUCAUGACAUCAUGAAUGUUCACUCACGAUUUUCUAUUGUUUACAUAUCAACAGAAGAAGAAUAUUUAUGUAUUUAAAUUAUUGUACAUACGAUGUCGUCGUCGGAACGAAAACUAAUUAUUGUGUCUGGUUUCGGACCAUUUAUUGGACAUGAGGAAAUCAAUGCCAGUUGGGAGGCUGUAAAGCUGCUGCCGGAGCUGCUCACCCACAAUGGCAUUGAAUAUGACCUGGAGAAGCGUCUGGUCUCCGUCGAGUACGAAGCAGUGGAUGAGGCGUGCGCAGAGAUAUGGAGCCGCCAGCCAGAGAUGGUCAUACAUGUAGGAGUAUCGGGUAUAGCUCAAUGCGUUUAUGUGGAGAAGCUGGCCUAUAACCACAAGUUCCGACGGCCAGACAAUUCCGGACAGUAUUUGUCCAACGGCAGUUGUGUCCUCCCGCACAAUGGCAAGGCAAAUGUACUGCGUUGCGGCCUUGACGUUGAUAAGAUUGUAGAGGCUGUAAAUGCAACAUGCGAGGCGUGUGUGGCCCCCGCAAUUCCGAACAACAGUCAUAAGUCUUUAGGUGCCACGAGGGCUUCCAAAAAUGUGGGCGAUUUUCUCUGCGGUUACAUAUAUCUGAAAUCUCUCGACGUGGACUCCAAGCGGAGUUUAUUCGUGCAUGUCCCCCCUGUAAAUAAACCAUUUAGUACCGAGCAAACGGCAGAUAUUGUUUUGAAAAUCAUCGAACAAUGUGUGCAACAGGUGGCCGCUUCUGAAUGCACAAAUUAAGUUCCAGUCAAUGAUAAUUACCAUUAACUUUCUAUAGAAAAGAUCCAAUAUACAACAUUCAUGCAUACAUUAAAGGAGACUUUUACGAA